AUGUUAAACAUCCCACGGGAGCUAAUCUUUGACAUCCUUUCACGGCUCCAACUGAAGGAUUUGAUCCGAUAUAUGUGUGUUUCCAAAGCUUGCGAUGAGACGCUAGGGACAUCCAAAGUUGUGCACCCGAUGCCUCCAUGGAAACACGGAGGAAGAUAUACUCUAAUCCUGGGCUACUCCAUUGGUCUGCUUUUUAUCUGCAACUAUGAUCUCAAUAAGGAUUUUACUUUGUGGAACCCGUCAAUUCAAAAGUUGAAGAAGCUUCCCUUCACAACCCUUGAGCCGCAUCCAUCACCAGGUUUAGAGAUAUCCCGUUCCCAUAUUACAAAUGGAUUCGGGUACGAUUUAGCCAAUGAUGACUAUAAACUCUUGGGGAUUUUGGAGCUUGCUAAUAGCGACGAUGUUAUCGUGAGUUCUCAAGUCCAUGUUUAUAGCCUAAAAUCCCACUCAUGGAAAAGGAUCCAAAACAUGCCUUGCGAUGGUUAUGGUUUUUCAGAAGAUUCAGAUAGCAUCGUGUUUCUCAAUGGUGCUCUAAGUUGGCUCAUGUCUAAAGAGUCAGAUGGUGCAGAUAAGUACAUGAUCGUGACCCUUGACCUUGCCAGUGAGAAAUGUCGGGAGUUUCCCAUCCCAGUGGACAGGAUUGACAUUGACAUUUCUAGCCUGGAUUUGGAGGUCUUAGGGGACUAUCUGUGUGUUUCUGUUAAUUGUUUCUGGUGUCGAAGUGAGGCUUGGAUUAUGAAGGAAUAUGGGGUGACUGUGACAGAAUCUUGGAGCCUUCUUUAUUCUAUUGACCUGGGACCGAGGUAUGACUCCUGCAAACCUUUGGUGUUUUCAAAGAAUGGAAAAAUGGUUCUUUUGAAGUUGGAGUGCAACGAUGCCGAUAGGUUUUUUUGGUAUGAUUUAGAGAAAAAGAGUGUCAAACAAGUUGAAACUAGCGGUCUGCCUCGCUGCUUCGAUGCAACCAUUUGGUGGGGGAGCCUUUGUCUUCUUGAUGGCGAUCCUGUUAUUGCUGAGAGUCGGCAGCAAGUCCCCACUACCUCUAAGAAAGGGAAAUAUUCAAGCAGAUGA